GCGAGGUCAACAAACUCUUAUUUCUAGGAACCCCCCCUCUCUCUUUCUCUUUCUCAAUGUGAGGAGAUCUACCUCAUUUAUUUGUGACAACAGAACAAAAACACGUCUCAACCAAGAUAAGAGUGAUGGCAGUCUUAUUGGUCCGAAAUGUAUGACAUUGAUUUUCGUUCUAGAAAAGUCUGGUGAUGGUAAAAGCCCCUUAUCCUUUCCAAUCAGCUGCUUGUUCCGCAUCACUUGUGCUGAAAUGACAUAUCAUUGUCAGAUAGGGCAUGUUCACACAGCUGUUUUUUUUUAACAUACAGUAAUAAUGACAGUGUCCAAUACACACACACACUCUGUUAUGCUAGCUCAUUCUUAUCUUGCUGGCUGACACCAUUUUGCUCUCUAACAAUCUUGCUAAUUAUAAUUGUUAAUUAAUUCUCUGCCAGUGUCCUCAUCAGGAGACUAAUAACCUACAUUUCCAUUAAUUAGACCUUCAACCCUUCGCUCCCUCUCUCAGUCUCUGCGUCCCACUCCAAUCCACCCCUUCGUCCUCCGCAUGCCUGCAUCCCUGCUCCCGCCUGCUGCUCUCUUCUCCCGAGAUUGUCCAUAGAUCACGUGCACACAUGCAGUGUGAUUAAUUAUGUGGCUAUGAGCGUGUCGCCUCCUUGUAAUACUGACAUUGUGGGGAUAAACAUUUGUCCACAUGCCUUUACGGGAGCUCAGCUACCAUUUGGGGGCAAUAAGCGUGUCCACAAGGGAAGCCAUUGAGUUUGACAGUUAAAGGGAUAGUUUGACAUUUUGGGAAAUGCUUAUUUUCGAUUCGUUAGAUGAACAGAUGAUGUCAUUUUGAAGUCUGUAUGGUAAACAUGAAGCUGCUGGCUGGUAAGAUUGCCAUGGCCUACAAAUAGCUACUCUGGCUCUGUCUAGGAGGUAAAAAAGAAAUACAAAAAUCUACUUACAAACAAAACUAAAUCUCACUUAUUUACACUUUAUGGUAGUCUAGGUCUCUGACGGUUGCCUGGCAACUGGUCCUGGCCAAUACAUAGUGUGGCAUAAAACUGAGCUGAAAAAUAGCAAAUUGUUGUUUUUACACUUUUAACAUUAUACAAAAAUAACACCAUAUGUAAAUCUGUGAGCUUUAGAGAUGAUGGUAGAAAUUUUUUACCCAAUUCAGAUCAAGCCAGCCUAUAGCCGAUUGAUAAGCUAACCAACUUCUGGCCAUCGCUACAUAUUUCAGCUACCAACAUGAGUAUCGAAUUAUUCUCUGCAAAUAAUAAAUAUAGUGAGUGUAUCUCCCAAAAUGUCAACAAAUGUUGUCGUCCAGUGUGUGUCUGUAGGUGUAGGUUUGUGUUUGUGUGAGUACCAUCAAUGGACAAACAUACCCUCUCUCUUGGAAACUACUCUUCCCAUCAGGCUUAGCUGACCUGGUUUCAGUGCACAGUGGAUCAGUGUCAUCAUGUCACCACUUGCUGUGAUAUCAGAACAAACUUCAGAUGCGGUGAACACACAGUUAAACGCACUGUUGCAGAAAAGAUUAACAGGGUUGCUUAUUUCACAGGCCUGUUGAUCCUUCAGUCAUCUGGAUCUGCUGCAAACUCCAUGACUUUUAACCAAUUAAUUCACGUUUUAGCUGUGCUUAAUUAGAGAUUUCUCUGACUCUCAACCUCUGAAGCUUUCUGCUCUUUUCUGCCAGACUGGAUACUCUCCCUCUAUCUCUCUCUCUCCUCUUCUUUUCCUUCCUUCCGUCUGUCACGAGAGGAAGUGAGAGACAGUUGGCGCUCCCGAGUCCAUACUGUAUUGGUGGUGGCAAAAUGGCAGCUUCUGUCAUCCGUCCUCCUUCCUCUAACUCCCUACCCUCUCCUGAGAGAAGUAACCCAGAUUUCAAAAUGAAUCGCUGCCUGUUCCCCUCAAUCUUUCUCCUCUCUCUCUUUCUAUCUCUCUAAUUCUCCUCUCUCUCUCUUUUUCUUACUCUCUCCAUCUCUUGUCCUCUUCUUAGUUAAACAGAAUCAAUCUUGGAAAGAGAAUACCACCUCUCUAUCUCGUCCUCCUCCUCACCCUGCCUCUGGGUUAACGGAUAUAUAUCACUUCACUCUUCUAUCUUUGGUUCCUAGAGAGCUCGAAUCUCCUGAAACGCUUGUUGCUUUCGCUUUUUGUUGUAACAGGAUUUUCUUUUCUGUUUUCUUUUUUUCCCUGGUUGAUUUCUUUCUUGUAGCCAACGUACUGCUUUCUGGGUAUUUUCUUUCCUGUAUUUCUCUUUUUUUGAGGUGACCAGCUACAGGUGGGAUACCUUAGCAUUUCUUUUGAAGUGAGGAGAAGAAAGGGAGAGAGGAAGAGAAGGAAGCUGCCUUUCCUCUAAAGCCACCACAAAUCUCCAGGCAUCAUGUCGACCCCGGUCUCCCCUUCCCCAUCCCUCUCCCCGUUGGCGCUGGCCUCCCCUACAUCGGCGACCCCCCCGCUGCCCUUACCCCUCUCCCCUCCACCAAGAGUGCCUGUGUUCCAGAGGAAGGGAGCGCUCAAACACAAGAGGAUUGUGGAGGUGAAAGACCACCAGUUCACGGCCCGCUUCUUCAAACAGCCCACCUUCUGCAGCCACUGCACCGACUUCAUCUGGGGCAUCGGCAAACAGGGAUUCCAAUGUCAAGUUUGCAGUUUUGUGGUCCACAAAAGAUGUCACGAAUUAGUGACCUUCACUUGCCCCGGCUCUGUGGCGGGCCCACAACCAGAUGAUCUGGCAAGUCAACACACAUUUAAGGUCCAGACUUACUCCAGUCCCACCUUCUGCGACCACUGUGGCUCGCUGCUGUACGGCCUGAUACACCAGGGAAUGAAAUGUAGCAGUUGUGACAUGAACGUCCAUCGACGGUGUGAGGCCAGUGUUCCCAGUCUCUGUGGUGAAGACCACACAGAGCAGAGGGGGAGGAUCCACCUGACUGUGAGAGGAGAGAAGGAGGAUGUCUUCGUCACAGUGCGGGAGGCUCGUAACCUGAUGCCCAUGGAUCCAAACGGCCUGUCAGACCCGUAUGUUAAACUGAAAUUGAUUCCAGACCCGAGGAGCCACAGCAAACAGAAGACAAAGACCAUCCGCUCAACACUCAAUCCCAUCUGGAAUGAGAGUUUCACCUUCUCAGUGCGCGGUACCCAGUGGGACAGGCGUCUGUCUGUGGAGGUAUGGGACUGGGACCGCACGUCUAGGAACGAUUUCAUGGGAGCGCUGUCAUUCGGAGUGAGUGAGAUCUUCAGGCGUCCCAUCAGCGGCUGGUUCAAACUGCUGGCCGAAGAUGAAGGAGAGUACUAUAACAUCCCAGUGCCAGACCCAGACCUCCAGGAGCCUCAGCCAGACGGCAUACUACCCUCUCUGCCUCAUGCCCUCCCCCCUUCGCUGUCUGAGACGUUCCCUGUGGCCCUGUCCCCGGCCCCUGUCCCAUCCGGCCUCCCCGCCCACGCCCCCGGCCCUGCCAAAGUCCAAGUGGGCAUCCUGGACUUCAACUUCCUCAUGGUGCUGGGAAAAGGCAGCUUUGGCAAGGUGCUGCUGGCAGAGGAGCGAGGCAGCGAGCGUCUGUUCGCCGUGAAAGUGUUGAAGAAAGACGUUCUCUUCCAGGACGAAGACACGGAGAGCGCCAUGGUGGAGAGGAGGGUUCUGGCGCUUUCCACCCGCCCUCACUUCCUCACAUCGCUGUACUGCGCCUUCCAGACUGAGGACCGUCUGUAUUAUGUGAUGGAAUACGUCGACGGAGGAGAUCUGAUGUUUCACAUUCAGAUAGUCGGGAAGUUCAAAGAGCCUCACGCAGCGUUUUAUGCAGGCGAGAUAGCGGUCGGCCUGUUCUUCCUCCACAGCAAAGGCAUCAUCUACAGGGACCUCAAGCUGGAUAAUGUGCUGCUUGACAGCGAGGGCCACAUAAAGAUAGCUGACUUCGGGAUGUGCAGGGAGGGCAUGUUCCAGGGCGACACCACGCAGACGUUCUGCGGCACCCCAGACUACAUCGCCCCUGAGAUUGUGGCAUAUCAGCCCUAUGAUAAAGCAGUGGACUGGUGGUCUUUUGGAGUACUGCUGUAUGAAAUGCUGGCAGGACAGCCACCCUUUGAUGGUAUAGAUGAGGAGGAGCUGUUUCAGUCCAUAAUGGAACAGAGCGUCAUAUACCCGAAAAGUCUCACUCGUGAAGCUGUCGCUAUCUGCAAGGGACUCCUGACCAAGCACCCGUCCAAGCGUCUGGGCGGAGGACUGGACGCAGAGAGAGAAAUCAGGGAGCAUCCGUUCUUCCGCUGGCUCGACUGGCUCGACUGGGACCGUCUGGAGAGACUGGAGAUCACACCGCCAUUCCAACCAAGAACUGGUGGGAAGAAAGGAGAAAACUUUGACCAGUUCUUCACAGCAGCUCCAUCAGUGCUCACUCCCUCUGACCCCGAUGUACUAGCAGCCAUCAACCAGGAGGACUUCCAGGACUUCACCUUCCAAAACCCAGACUUUGCCCCCUCGCCUCUCACUGCCGUUUGAAAACGGAGCCCACCAACCUUUCUAAGCCUCUUAAUAGUAGUUUUAUAACAAAGAAUUUAAACAUGAGAUCUAGCAGCAGCUUUCAAAGACACCUCUCAUAUCCAAAUUCUGACGUUUACAUGAAAAUGCCAAGACACCUUUAAAGUCAUGCACUCUAUUUGAUGUUUGUAUUCAAUCUUGAUAGUCACAGAAACUGUUGCAGCAAUCCAAAUAAGCCAGUAUUUUCCUGUAGAUUCCCUUCUUAGAGUUUUUUUGAAAGACAUAUCCCUUGAAAUAGGAGUACUGUAGAAACGAGUCUCUUUUGCAUGCAUGUUUUUAGAAUAAAAGGCUUUGACACACUAGUUUUCUAUAGUUAUAUAGUUAUCUGUGUGACUUUACAAUCAAUGCAUUUCAAACGGUUACCAUAUCUUUAAUUAGAAAUGUGUUUUCAGGAGCUGUAUUUACAAAACAAUUACAAGUCAGGUUUAAGUCAAGCAGCUAUACAGGCCACAUAGCAGGCAAAACACUCACUUUUUAAUAUUUUUGCAUUUCAUACACAUCUGUCUCACUGUGUGUGUCUGAGUGUUGACUAUGAUGCAAACUGAGUGAGUAGCCUUUUUAUUUGUGUUAGACUGGCAUCCUGUGGAAGAGCUCCGUCAGGUUCUUCUGGCCUGGAUCGACCUCCCAGUUGAACGUCACACCGGUGACCACAGAUGACCCACUGUAUGCUGAAACAACACAUUGGGCACAAUGUGACUGUUAACGUAGACCAACACGCCCAGCUCAUGCCCGCUAGGCCUGACUCUAUUAUCAGUGAGAUGGUGUCCUUACAUCACUGCCACAGUUUAGGCUGCAUCCUUUUUUGUUCACAGGAUUUUAUUUCUGUAUUCUUCUUGAGCGAGCCCCUCCACAUUGCAAAAAAGUGCUCCUAAUGACAUCAUUCUACUGAAAUCUGUAUUUGCAGUAUUAGAUAAUUAGCCUCUUAAUGAUGUUUUCGGGUUGGACUUUAUUAUUUCUGUGGUGUAUACCAUAAAGCUUUUUGCUGUGUAAUGACGUAUACUCACAGCAUUGAUUAGGCGUAAUUAAAAGUGAGGCUCUCUGGGACUGUUCAAUACAUGGAAAAAUAAUAGCAGCACUGUCAUUAAACACUAUCUGAGCAGGGCAGGUGGCUGCAAACAUACUGUUUAAUAAUCCCAUGUCAGUGCUCUUAUCUCACAAACCAGCCGGCUAAUUCCCACAGAAAUCUGUUUUUCUUUUAAGCUUCUUCAAGAUUUUUUAGCAAACUAUGUCAGCAUAACGAUAAUUAUAACCAUUUUUCAUCCAGGGGAGCAAAAUCAUACAGAUUAGCAUUAAUAGUGUGCAUCCCAUUAAAAGUGGUCAACUGUAAAAGGUCAAACCAGUUCAACUGAUCGCCUGCAAUGUCACAACACACAAUACUAACCAAUACUCUCAAUAAAUACAAUAGAUAAUGUAUGUGUCUGUUAGUUGAGUUAACUUCUGUUUUUAUCUGCUGAAAAAUCUGAAUUGCAAUAAACUUAAUGAAACAAUCAUUA